GUGCGAUGAAGAUGUCGAGCUCCGACAGCUACUUCUACGCGGCCAUCAUCGCGGUGCUCGCCGUGCACGUGGUUUUGGCUCUGUUCGUUUACGUGGCGUGGAACGAAGGUGCGCCUAAAAGCAAGGGCAAGCAUGAUUAAGGCGCGCCCCAGGUCAGCUACUGAGAGCAGCGGAGAUGGACGCAGGCAGGCAGGGAUCCACAGAGCCCAUCCCCCUCCUCCCUCCUGUGGGCAUCAACACUCAACACCGUGGAGAAAACCAGAUCGAUCGAGGGGGUCUGGUUUGGGCUCAGGCUUUAACCCGAGGGCAAAACAGGAAGUGCUGCUUUUGCCUUGGUGUGGGGGGUUGGGGUAAUGGGAGUCUGCUUGGUGCAAUUUCUUACCGAACCCAGCAGGCAUUUUUUUUAUGGUUCUCUGAAAUUAUUCCUUUUUUCUGAAACCUCUGAUUUUUAUUUAUUUGUUUUUUUAAAGAGGCUUUGUGUUCAGAAAUCAUUUCUGCAUCAACCCAAGCCCSUCCACACUCAGUUUGUCAUGUCAGAAUGCAUCCCGGGUUAAUCCACUGAUGUGCACAUCUGCAGACCACAUUCUMUUAUUUAUGAUGUGUGAGUCUGAGUCCAGAACGCAGCUGAUCAUUCUUGUCCUUAAGUUUCAGUCCUCAUCCGAAGACGGAUAAGGUUUCAUUUGUUGUGUGUUUUGGAACGACGUCGUCAUUUUCACCUGUUUUUCAUCUCUGAUUGAGCGUGUUUGUGUCCCGUGGUGAGGCCGUGUUGUCAAACUGCAAUUGUUUUUAUUUAAAUGGUCGUUUUGUGUGAAAAUGUUCAGUGACUUUUUUUAUUUAAUUUUUUAGAGCUUGUACAAGUGUGAAUGCUGAAUUGCUUGAAUGAAAUAAAGUUGAAAAGAUUUUUUGUGGUUUUGUUCAUUAGCGACUUGAAAGGAAAUAGUCGCAAAUGGCUGCACUUAACAUGAGAGGCCUUUUAGGCCGUAUUUCAUUCUUGCCUCUCAUCAAAGAGCUUAAAUCGAACAGCUGGAGUGUGCAGAGACCAUGUGACCGUGUGUGAAGC